GAAGGCAACAAGAGAGUAGAGGCUAACAGAGAGGGAGAUCGGACAACGGACGGGGAAUGGGGAGCGGAGUUACGUCGGAAGGGGCCACAAGGCCCACCACGUGAAUAGAAGCAUUCACACACACAUUCUCUCUCUCGAUCUAUCUAUCUAUCUCACAGCGUCGCUUAUUCAUCCAUACAUCCCUUUUAACGCCCCAUCUUCCCCACUUUCUCCCUUCUUCUUUCUCUUCUCUCUUCACUGUUCAUUUUUUCCUCCCAAAAACCCUCCCUCCUAUCUCACAAAAACCUUAUGAGCAACCCAUAAAAGAUCACCAAAAUUGAGAAAAAAGAAAAGAAGAAACAAUAGAGAGAAAAGAGAGGAAAUCUUCCCCUUCUAAAUGAAAGAUCCUUAGCUCAGUCAGAAGAAAACUCAGCUACAGCUAGCAAAUCCAAUCUGCAACCAAGAGGGAAAUUGGAAGAAGAGAGGAGAGAUAAUCACCAAGGACCCAGAGGAAAGAGGAAAACAUCAAUACCCAGCAAGAGGAAUAAAGGGAAAAGGACAGAACAGUUAUGGAAAGAACACCGGGUGGUGCAUCAGAGCCUAACUCCGGCGAAGGUCCGUCGGCAACGGGUGGUGGGGGCGCAGAAGGAUCGUCGGCAGCUCCACUGAGUCGGUACGAGUCUCAGAAGAGGCGAGACUGGAACACGUUCCUACAGUACCUGAAGAACCACAAGCCCCCUUUAUCGCUCGCAAGGUGCAGUGGUGCACACGUAAUCGAGUUCUUGAAGUACUUAGACCAGUUUGGAAAGACGAAGGUGCACUUAACUGGGUGUGCCUACUUCGGACAUCCCAACCCACCUGCGCCCUGUGCGUGUCCGCUCAAGCAGGCUUGGGGGAGCCUCGACGCGCUCAUUGGACGGCUCAGGGCGGCCUAUGAGGAGAACGGUGGACGGCCUGAGUCCAACCCGUUUGGGGCCAGAGCUGUGAGGAUAUUUCUGAGGGAGGUAAGAGAAGGUCAAGCCAAGGCAAGAGGGAUACCGUAUGAGAAGAAGCGAAAGAGACCGACCACGACAACGACGACUAUGCCGGCAAAUGUUUCCUCAGCGAUGACUCAAGCGGUUGAUGGUGGUGGCGGUGGUUCCUCUUCGGAAGCUGGGGCUGCUAGUGUCCCUCCAGCCACUACUUCCGUAUAGCUUCACUAUUUUUUCUCUUUUUUCUUUAUUUAUUUUCAUUGUUAUUUGAGUCAUAUUAUAUGCCGAUCGAUUCUCUUUAUAUUUCCAUCAACACCGUGAUCAAAACUAGAAUGGAAAUCGUCCUUCUCUUUCUUUCUCUCGAUCAAUCAGAUUGGAUAAACCCAGUUUUCUUUUCCUUCUUCCGGCUGAAGCCUGAACUAUGUUGGGGCUCAUUUUCUCUGCACAUGAACCAUGAAAUGAAGUAAGUUAGGGAAGAAAGAAGGAUUCUUAGAUU